UAUAGUGUGUGUGUGUGUGUGUGUGUGUGUGUGUGUUUGUGUGUGUGUGUGGUGGGGGGACUGUGCCUUGAUCUUGGGCUACUGCAGUAAAUGCGUUAGGAGGAGGCAAUUCUCUUAAGGGAAGGGGAAUAACGGGAAUCCAGUUCCGGAGAUAACGAUCAGAACGGAUACAUACAGCAAAAUGACACCUGGCUCAUCACCUCUGGACUUAUGCAGAAAACUCUGAGCAGACAAACUUCAGCUCACCUGAUUUAGACCCGACAAGGCUGUAUAUUACGUACAGGAGUUGAUCUCUGAGAUGGCUAUGUGGGUCCGACAGGCCCAGACUUCCCCCCUGAAGUGCUGCAUCCACCUCCUCCAGGCCCCGUGGCCCACCCUGAUCAUCUGAUCGUGCUUAGCCCUGUUACACCCAUCCUGGGCUUCCCUCUCAUCGGCCCACCUGGCUUCACUUUGGGCCCACCAUGGGAGGUUGUCUCUCCAAACCCAAAGCAGAGGUCAAAGUUGAGCUGACUCUUUUAGAGAAAGAGAAAGAGGUGGAUCUGAUGUCUCCUAAUGGAAAGGCCAGUCCAUUCUCAGAAUGCAGACCCAACGGCUCUCUGGGACACUGUUCAGAUGAGGACACAAUGACUCUACAACCACAGCGCAAACACAGAGAUUACAUAGAGGCCUCUGUCUGCCACGUCAAAGACCUGGAAAAUGGACAAAUGCGUGAGGUGGAUUUGGGUACAGGCCGAGCUCUGCUCAUAAAGGAACAUGGAGAAUUCUUUGCCAUGGGACAUAAGUGCCCACAUUAUGGGGCUCCACUGGUCAAAGGUGUGCUAUCAAAAGGGCGUGUGCGAUGUCCAUGGCAUGGGGCAUGUUUUAACAUCGUUACGGGUGACAUUGAGGAUUUUCCUGGCUUAGACAGUCUGCCCACCUUCCAGGUCAAAGUUGAGAAAGAGAAGGUGAUAAUAAGAGCAAACAAGCAGGCCCUUCAAACUCAGCGGCGGACAAAGAGCAUGUCAAAGUGUUCAGCUGUCAUCAACUCCAGCAAUGGAUUCAGCCACAUUCUCAUUAUUGGAUCAGGUCCGGCUGGUCUGGUGUGCGCUGAGACUCUGAGGCAGGAGGGUUUCACUGAUCGUAUAGUGAUGUGCACCAUGGACAAACAUCUGCCUUACGACAGACCUAAACUGAGUAAGUCUUUAGAGAGCACAGCUGAGCAGCUACAACUGCGGUCCAUGGAGUUCUUUCAAAUGCAUGACAUAGAGAUACUAUUGGAAAAAGAGGUUGUCUGCGUAGAUGUGAAGACAAGAACUGUGACAUUUCGGGAUGGUUUUAAAAUGGAGUAUCGAAAACUCUUCAUUGCCACAGGGAGCAGACCCAAACCUCUGAGUUACAAAGGCAAAGAUGUGGGAAAUGUGUUUCACCUCCGAACACCAGAGGAUGCAAACAGCAUCGCUACACUCGCCAGCAAUAAGAAUGCAGUCAUCGUGGGAACCUCGUUUAUUGGUAUGGAGGUGGCCGCAGCUCUCACAGAUAAGGCGCACUCGGUGUCUGUCAUUGGCAUAGAGGCCGUGCCAUUCCGUAAAGCUCUUGGAGAGAAAGUGGGAAAAGCCUUGAUGAAGCUGUUUGAGUCGAACAGGGUGAAGUUCUACAUGUUGAACGAGGUGUGGGAGAUGAGAGGGCAGAAUGGACAGUUAAAAGAAGUGGUUCUGAAAAGUGGCAAAGUCUUAAGAGCUGAUGUGUGUGUCAUUGGCACAGGCUCAGGUCCAGCCACGGCAUUCCUGAAACAGAGCGGAGUACACAUGGACUCCAAGGGAUUCAUUCCAGUCAAUAAGACCAUGCAGACGAACAUAGAUGGGGUCUUUGCUGGGGGUGAUGUGGUAACAUUUCCUCUAGCCCUGCGCAGCAAUAAGAAGGGGAACAUUCCCCACUGGCAGAUGGCGCAUGUACACGGCAGGGUGGCUGCUCUUAGCAUGAUGGGAAAGACCUCAGACAUUAAAACGGUGCCUUACUUCUGGACAGCCAUGUUUGGGAAAAGCAUUAGAUAUGCUGGGUAUGGAGAUGGCUUUGAUGAUGUCGUCAUCCAGGGAGAUUUGGACGAGCUGAAAUUUGUGGCAUUUUAUACAAAGAGUGAAGAGGUGGUAGCCGUGGCCAGUAUGAACUAUGACCCCAUUGUGUCACGGGUUGCAGAAGUCUUUGGCUCUGGAAAGACGAUUAGAAAACGUGACGUGGAGACAGGAGAUAUGUCGUGGCUAAUUGACAAAGGCUCACAGUGAGGAUACUAAUGGCUCAGCACAGCGUGCUCCUUGAGUCUUCCAUGCCAAAAACUUGGACGAACUCCUAAAACAGACAUAGUCUACUAUAGUGCUGCAGCUGCAGUUGGUUAAGUGGGACACUAGGUGGAAGACGUAUGCUGUCCUAAACUGGGCAAGCACCUGGGCUGCUCCUGGAUUAUGUACCCGGGAUAUCAUCCCCACGAGGUGGAACCUCUCCGGACAUGUAUCCGUUCACAGUGCUAACAAAUGAGUCAUACCUGGUUUCGAACCCUCCGUACUAAACGGCAGCUCUCUCUUGUGGGUCGUUAAAUCCAACCUCUAUGCUUUUGCAUGAAGCUUUUGCCUGUACAGAGUUCACGGGAGAGCAAAGGGGAAUUGUCAUAUUUUAUUUUGUAUAAGCAACUUUGUAUAUAGCUGUUACCUGAAGAUGAAUUUAAACAAUAAGGCUGCACUUUUUCUACUGAACUUCUGCUACUGAUUAGUCUGGCUAUGAGAAUGAGCAUUUUUUUAAAGGGAUAGUUCAAAAUUCUGUCUCAGGUUGUUCCAAACCUGUAUGACUUUCUUUUUUCCAUGGAACAGAAAAGGAGAUGUUAGGCAGAAAGUCUCAGUCACCAUUCACUUGCAUUGCAUCUUUAAUCCAUACAGUGAACGUGAAUGGUGACUGAGCCUUCUGAACAUUCUAACAUCUCCUUAAACAAAACAAAGUCAUAUGGGUUUGGAACAACAUGAGGUUGAGUAAAUGAUGGCAGAAUUUAUAUUUUGGGCAAACUAUGCUUUUAACAGAACUGAUGUCUGGCACUCCUCUUAGUAUGCAGCCCAAUGCAGCUUUGCUUGCGUCCUUUUUAAAAAUCAUAUAGGAAAGGCAGUCUGUAGAAAGCAGAUGCAUGAUAAUUCAUAUACGCAGGGCAUUCAUUUUCAUUAAGACUUUCCCAAAGGAUCUUAAAGUGUAAUCAUUAUUCAGGGAAGGUAACAAGGUCCAUAUGUCAAUGUCUAUUGCAAAUGAGGAUAGGCUAUGUUACUUGUCAAAUGUAAUAUAUGAUGUAGUGUUGUCAUAUAUCACCAAAAAAAAAAAAAAAAAAAAAAAAAACAGGUAAAUGAGUGAAUCUCAUGAAACCAAAUUCAAAAGAAAUAAUAUUUUGCAUCAAGAAAAUGCAGUCUGUUUUAGGACAAUUAUUUUCAACCAGGUUUCGUUACUAUACCUACAUUUUUGCACAAUUACUUUUUUGUAGCUUUUUCGUUGAACGUAUCACAGCAGUUUCCUGCUGAAAUGAUCAUUAAAGCCGCAAAAACAACGAGUUUGAUUCACUUUCACACAAAUCAUGAGUAAAACUGCAAAUUAUCAGUUCAUAAACACUUAAUUUUUGCCCUGUUCCUCACACAAUGCUAUCUGAUGACAUCAAAACACUUUUAUGUAGCGCAUGACUUGUACAGCGAUGCAUUUUAACAUCUGUAUUACAAAACCAACUCCAUUUAAAAAACCCUGACAUGCUCUUGAAAGAUUUCAUGAGAUUCAACCAGUAUGCACAGAAACUGUUAAGAUACAAUGAAUCUUUCCUCCAUACAAUACUCUUAAAUCCUUUGUAUAUUUAACCCCAGGCAUUAAGUAUUAAGUUCAAAUCUAUAGGCAGGUCUCCAUGGCAAUAAAGUAAUACUGACAGUCAGUUUUGAAUGUUCCCAACUCAAAGCAUGACCCAUGCAACAGGACUGGCCUGAAACCCUCGCUGACCUUAAACAAUGACAAUAUACCUCUUGCUAAUGGCAACUUUGGUUGCCCUGCUAGUAAAUUGCACAAAACUACAAAUAUUUAAAGCUGCAACUUUAUAGAAAUGCUCGUAUUAUAUGACUCGAGGCUUGUAUUUUCUGACUAAUCGUUCAAAUGAUUUAUUGACAAAUGACUGAUUGAUUAUUGAUUGUAUUUUUAGAAUGUACGCAAUAAUAAUUAAUGCUUUUCUGGUAGCUCUGACCUCCUAAAGCUAUUCUUUGAUACUAACUCAGGGAUCGGAGGUUUCAGUCACAUGGGAGAGGUUCUGGUGAAAAACAUGAAUAAAUAUGUUGCUAUAACAUUUUAUUGUAGCUAUUGUUCUUUGAAAGAUAGUUAAAGGAAUAGUUGAUCCAAAUUCUGUCAUCUUUUACUCACACUAAUGUGUCAAUAUACAGUUUAGGGUGCUUUUUUUAAAGCUCGAAAGCUCCAGUACCCAUUUAUUGUAACUGCAUGUAAAAGAGAGACUACAGUAGUUUAUUUUUCACAUUUUUUUCCUUUUGUGUUCCACAGAAAAAUUUAAGUCAUAUAGGCUUGGAACAACAGGAGGGUGCAGUAAAUUAUGACAGAAUGUUCAGUUUUGGGUGAACUAUUCCUUUAAAUGAGCAUAAAUAGCUUUCAAUAUUAAAUAGUAUUUACUAACAAGAACAAGUAACACAAGGGAGUUGGUAUAAGACAAUGUAAUACAAAGUCAACUGAAAAGGACACCAAGAUUUUCUUUGUGAAUGAAACAAAUGUAAAAUCCUCCAAAAGACCGGCAAAAAUCAGCAAAGUUUAAAAAUGUCGAAAUGUGUCAUUUCUGUGCCACUAGCGUCACCAAAGGGAGUUGCAAAAAGAAUGACUGUUUUCACACAGAUUUCAGAAAAGUCCCCCUGUCUUCUAUUGGUUGUACAAACAGAUAGUCCCGCCCCAAACGUACACUAUUGGUUGAUCAAAUUGAACGUUUUGAUAGCCCCACAAAGCCACAAAAUUACACUUUUAGGUGAAAUCAGCCUACAAAUGUCUUACUUAUAGUAUUCUCAUAGUAUGCUCUGCAUAUUAAGCUGGUUUAGGAGAAAUACUGCCAAAAAAUUACACACAUCAGAUAUAAAAACAUUAAAGUCAGCAUGAAACGGAAGUUGCGUCUGACUUUACAUCUGUAUUGUGACGUAUUUCCGAGUGAAACAGCUUAUCGAACAAGAAAAAAAUGUAGGGCGGGGAUUUGAGUUUAUCCAUUGGUUGUGGAUUGGAUUGUGAAAAUAUGGGCAUUGCAUAGCGGAACGGAGGCAGAUGUGAAUGCGAGUUUGCAGUGGACACACACGCCCCUACCACCAUGCUGCCAGAGUCAGAGCCGGUUAUCAGUGAAAUUGAGCAGCAAUCUCAACACAUUUAUGAUCAAAAUGACAACAUAAACGCACGAGCACAUCGCGGUCUUUGCUUACGAAGAGGCUGUAGCCGUUGAAAAACGAAUGAGUAAAAGAUAACCAUAUUUUAACGUUUUGAAUCACAAUACACUAAAUAUAAAGUAAAAAAACACGUACACGUGCUGUGCAUCCCAAGAUAACUAAAAAAAAAUAAAUAAACACCAGAGGCAUCCGAAGUGUUGUAUUCAUUAGUGAUCCCCUCAGCAAUUCAGGCGUGAAAUGUCUCGAACACAACCACGAAAUGUAUUAUUUUUAUUUUUUUGGAAUGCCCAAUUCCCAAUGUGCUUUUAAGUUCUCGUGGCCACGUAGUGAUUCGCCUCAAUCCGGGUGGCGGAGGAUGAAUCCCAGUUGCCUCCGCGUCUGAGACCGCCAACCUGCGCAUCUUAUCACGUGGCUUGUUGAGCACGUUGCCACGGAGACAUAGCGCGUGUGGAGGCUUCACGCCAUCCACCGCGGCAUCCACGCUCAACUCACCAUGCGCCCCACCGAGAACGAACCACAUUAUAGCGACAUCGAGGAAGUUACCCCAUGUGACUCUACCCUCCCUAGCAACCGGGCCAAUUUGGUUGCUUAGGAAGCCUGGCUGGAGUCACUCAGCAUGCCCUGGGAUUCAAACUAGCAACCUACAGGGGUGGUAGCCAGCGUAUUUUACCACUGAGCUACCCAGGCCCCCCCCACAACCACGAAUUUGCCGUUAUUCCUCAUCAUUUGAUAUGUAAAUUCAAGCCACCUGACCCGUAACCAAGGAAGUUUGGGUUAAGGAAUGAUAGUUUUGAAGGAAAACAGUUGAAAAUACACCUUGCCAUCUUCACCAAUAUGCGAUUGACGUUUCGUUCAACUCUACGCAAGGUUGUGGUAUUUAUAAGAAAGGGGCAGGGUUUAAGCGGACUA